CUUCGGCUGUCAAAUUACAAUUCGGCAACUUGCUUGAUGUUUGUUAAAUUUUUCUCCAAAUUGGAGUCUUAUUUACAAUUAUUUUCGAUAAAUUCUGAUUAAUAUAGUUUUUAAGUAUGUCAGAUGGCGAAGAUGAUUUUAUGUGCGAUGAUGAGGAAGAUUAUGGACUUGAAUAUUCUGAAGACAGUAACUCGGAACCCGAUGUAGAUUUAGAAAACCAAUAUUACAAUAGUAAAGCUUUAAAAGAGGAUGAGCCAAGGGCUGCAUUAGCAUCGUUUCAAAAAGUUUUGGAUUUGGAGAGCGGUGAGAAGGGAGAAUGGGGAUUCAAAGCCUUAAAGCAAAUGAUCAAAAUUAAUUUUAAGCUGGGGAAUUUCGAGGAAAUGAUGUCAAGGUAUAAACAGCUGCUAACUUACAUUAAAAGUGCCGUCACAAGAAAUCAUAGCGAAAAAUCUAUCAACUCUAUAUUAGAUUAUAUCUCGACAUCUAGGAAUAUGGAAUUGUUGCAAAAUUUUUAUGAAACAACGUUAGAAGCUUUAAAAGACGCCAAAAAUGAUAGACUGUGGUUCAAGACCAACACCAAGCUGGGGAAACUAUAUUACGACAGAGGUGAUUUUAAUAAAUUAGCAAAAAUAUUGAAGCAACUGCAUCAGUCGUGUCAAACUGACGACGGUGAAGAUGACUUAAAGAAAGGUACACAGCUAUUGGAGAUAUACGCGUUGGAAAUACAAAUGUACACUGCUCAAAAGAAUAACAAGAAAUUAAAGACUUUGUAUGAACAAUCGUUGCAUAUUAAGUCAGCCAUACCACAUCCACUGAUAAUGGGAGUUAUUAGAGAGUGUGGAGGGAAGAUGCACUUAAGAGAGGGAGAGUUUGAGAAAGCCCACACAGAUUUUUUUGAAGCCUUUAAAAACUAUGAUGAGUCAGGGAGUCCUCGAAGGACUACAUGCCUUAAGUACUUAGUCCUGGCCAAUAUGCUUAUGAAAUCCGGCAUCAAUCCCUUUGAUUCGCAAGAAGCCAAACCCUAUAAAAACGAUUCAGAAAUAUUAGCAAUGACGAAUUUAGUAAAUGCCUACCAAACAAAUGAUAUUCACGAGUUUGAGUCGAUUUUAAAGCAAAAUAGGCAGAAUAUUAUGGAUGAUCCCUUUAUUAGAGAACACAUUGAAGACUUGUUGCGCAAUAUAAGGACCCAAGUCCUAAUCAAACUUAUUAAGCCCUAUACAAGGAUUCAGAUACCUUUUAUUUCCAAUGAACUGAAUAUAGAUGUAUCUGAGGUUGAGAGCUUAUUAGUUUCCUGUAUCCUAGAUAACACAAUUCAGGGAAGAAUAGACCAGGUAAACCAAGUUUUGUUUUUGGAAAGAACAACAAUCAAUUCAGCUAGAUAUAAUGCUUUGGAUAGGUGGACAAAUCAGUUAAACACACUACAUAUGUCUAUUAUCAAUAAAAUGGCUUAGGAUUUUUUUCAUGUAUUUUGUUUGACUUUUUUCUAUUUAUUU